AUGCAGCUGCAAAGUCUCCUCAGCAUCGCCCUUGUUGGCUGUGCCGCUCUGACCGCAGCACAUCCUGGCCAGCACGAAGAGAGGGACGAGGCCAGUCUCAUCCAGAAGAGAGCUUAUCAAGCCAAUGUGAAACGGAGCCUUGAGAAAUGUUCUCGUCAACUGGAAGCUCGUGGAGUCAACAAGCGUGCCGAUAUGCGUCGCCGCGAGACGGUUGAGAAGCUCCGACGCAAUAUGAUGAGUAAACGCCUCACUAUCCGUGACCCAGAAACGGUGCUCAACAAGUCCCACGAGGUGACCGACGGUAGCAUUACUAUCAACUCUCCAGAGUCUGUGAUUUUCAGCGACAACUCUACUUGUGUGCUCAACCCCGAAGGCGAAACCGGUCCUUUCUAUGUCCUGGGUGAAUACGUUCGAUCCGACGUAAGCGAUGGAGAGGAGGGCGUUCCCCUGACUCUAGACGCCCAGUUCUUGGAUGUCGAGACCUGCGAGCCUAUCACCAGCCUGUGGUUCGACCUCUGGAACUGCAACUCCACGGGCGUUUACUCCGGUGUGGUUAGCCAGGGAAAUGGGAACGCUGAUGAUACGUCUAACCUAGACGCUACUUUCCUCCGUGGUAUUCAAAAAACUGACGAUGAAGGUGUUGUUCAGUUUACUACUGUGUUCCCCGGCCACUACUCUGGACGCACCACCCAUCACCAUGUUGUUGGUCAUAUCGGAAAUGUUACCCAGCUCUCGAACAAUACCAUUACCGGCGGCACUGUGGCACAUAUCGGACAGCUCUUCUGGGAUCAGGAUUUGAUCUAUGAGGUUGAGGCCACAUCCCCUUAUAACACUAACAAUAUAACUAUCACUACGAAUGCCGAUGACCACGUUUUCGAUGAUGAGACUGAAGAUUCAACCUCGGAUCCAGUAAUCAACUACGUCAGGGUUGGAGAUACUAUUGGGGACGGUAUAUUUGGCUGGAUUACAAUUGCCGUUAACCAGUCAGCCACUUAUGAUCCCAACUACAGCUUUGUCCUGACUUCUGGUGGGGGUGUGGCAGAGUCCGGUGGUGAUGAUAGCGGUGCCCCAGGUGGUUCAGGACCUCCCUAG